GGGUGAGGGUGAGAGUGAGAGUGAGGAAGUUUUAGAGAGAGAGAGAGAGGAAGUCUCUCAUCAUACGCACAAACAAACGCUCACGUUUUGUGUGAGAGAGAGAGAUCAUGGCGGCAUCGGACGGGACUGAAUUCUUCGAAUUGGAAGUGGAAAGCGGAAUCGACUGUUUCUCGAGAGCGUCGAAUGCAGAGUCCGUGAGGGAAGAUGAAGAUGAGCUUCUUUGGGCGGCUCUGUCGAGGUUGCCGUCGCAGAAGCAGACGAACUUCGCGUUGUUGCGACGGACGGUGUCGAAAUUGGACGGCGGGGAAGAGAGGUCCGAGGCAAUCGACGUCAGGAAACUAGACCGCUUCAAUCGCGAACUCGUUGUCAAGAGGGCAUUGGCAACCACAGAGCAAGACAAUUACAAGCUUCUCUCCGCCAUCAAAGAACGCCUCGAUAGAGUUGGAAUAGAGGUUCCAAAAGUUGAAGUUAGGUUUGAGAAUCUGAAUAUCACAGCCAAUGUUCAAGUCGGCUCCAGAGCUUUGCCUACUCUGAUCAAUAAUGUUCGUGACCAAAUGGAGCGUGUCUUAACUGGUUUGCAUAUAUUUCGUCCAAAUAGACAUCGUUUAACCAUCUUGAACAACAUCAGUGGCUUUGUGAAACCAGGGAGGAUGACUCUACUUCUGGGACCUCCGGGUUCAGGGAAAUCCACAUUGUUGUUGGCUCUAGCAGGAAAACUAGAUCAUGCCUUAAAGCAAACUGGGAAUAUUACAUACAAUGGCCAUAAGCUUGAUGAUUUCUGCGUUAAGAGGACUUCUGCUUACAUAAGUCAAACAGAUAAUCACAUCGCAGAACUAACUGUUAGAGAAACUUUAGAUUUCGCUGCUAGAUGUCAAGGUGCAGAUGAAGGCUUUUCAGGGUAUAUGAACGAUCUUACUCGUUUAGAGAAGGAAAGGAAUAUACGUCCAAGUCCAGAAAUAGAUGCUUUUAUGAAGGCAUCAUCUGUUGGUGGUAGAAAGCAUAGUGUCUCAACAGAUUAUGUCUUGAAAAUGCUUGGCCUUGAUGUCUGUUCAGAGACUCUUGUUGGUAACGAUAUGCUUAGGGGUAUUUCAGGAGGCCAAAGAAAGAGAGUAACUACAGGAGAAAUGAUUGUUGGCCCAAGAAAAACCCUUUUUAUGGAUGAAAUAUCCACUGGACUCGAUAGCUCUACGACAUACCAAAUUGUCAAAUGCAUACGGAAUUUUGUUCACCAAAUGGAAGCCACAGUUUUAAUGGCUCUUCUUCAGCCUGCGCCUGAGACAUUUGAUCUGUUCGAUGAUCUGGUAUUAUUAUCAGAUGGAUACUUGGUGUAUCAUGGCCCUCGAGAAGAAGUCUUAGAGUUCUUUGAGUCAUUAGGUUUUCGGUUGCCACCCCGUAAGGGAGUUGCAGAUUUCCUUCAAGAGGUGACUUCUAGAAAGGAUCAAGCACAAUACUGGGCUGAUGCUUCAAAACCGUAUGUAUUCCUUCCUGUUUCAGAAAUCGCAGAAGCAUUUAGAAAUUCCAAGUACGGAAGGUCUUUGGAGUCCUCUCUUUCUGUUCCGUAUGAUAAAUCCAAGAAUCAUCCGUCAGCUCUGUGCAAGAAAAAGUUUUCUGUAUCAAAGAGGGAGCUUUUCCGGACAUGCUUUUCACGAGAAUUGCUUCUGAUUAGUAGGCAUCGCUUUCUUUAUACUUUUAGAACUUGCCAGGUUGCAUUUGUAGGGUUUGUAACAUGCACAGUAUUUUUGCGAACAAGGAUACAUCCUACAGAUGAGAUAAAUGGCAACUUGUAUCUUUCUUGCCUGUUUUUUGGGCUGGUGCAUAUGAUGUUCAAUGGAUUUUCUGAGCUGCCUCUUAUGAUAUUUCGACUUCCAGUUUUUUACAAGCAAAGAGAUAAUUUCUUUCAUCCUUCAUGGACUUGGUCUGUUGCUAGUUGGAUUCUACGUGUACCUUACUCUGUCAUUGAAGCUGUUGUAUGGUCUUGUGUUGUGUACUACAGUGUUGGUUUUGCACCUGGUGCUGGGAGGUUUUUUCGCUAUAUGUUCUUACUUUUUUCAGUACACCAAAUGGCUCUGGGUCUCUUCCGGACGAUGGCUUCUCUUGCACGUGACAUGAUCAUUGCCAAUACAUUUGGAUCUGCUUCAUUGCUAGUUAUAUUCUUGUUGGGUGGUUUCAUCCUUCCAAAAGCAAUGAUCAAGCCAUGGUGGGUUUGGGCAUUUUGGUUGUCUCCAUUAUCCUAUGGGCAACGUGGAAUUUCUGUUAAUGAAUUUACUGCUACAAGAUGGAUGAAGAGGUCUGCCUUCGGAAACACUACAGUUGGAUAUAAUGUUCUCCAUUCACAUGAUCUACCCAGUGAUGGUUACUGGUAUUGGCUUGGAGUUGGCGUUUUAUUAUUUUAUGCUGUAUUCUUCAAUGUAGUGGUGACUUUGGCCUUGGCACGUCUCAACCCUAUCAAAAAAGCCCAAGCAUUGAUUCCAAGUAGCAUCACAGAAGAGAAUUCGGCUACGGAUGGUGGUAGCAACCAGGAUUCUGAAUCAAGGCCAGUUACUGUCAAGGAUGGGGCCAAGCAAAAGGGAAUGAUUCUCCCAUUUCAACCCUUAACGAUGACUUUCCAUAAUGUCAAUUACUUUGUUGACAUGCCAAAGGAAAUGAGUUUGAAAGGUAUACCAGAAAAGAAGUUGCAACUGUUAUCAAACGUGAGUGGAGUAUUCUCACCAGGCGUUCUUACAGCAUUAGUUGGGUCAAGUGGAGCUGGAAAGACCACUUUGAUGGAUGUACUUGCUGGUAGGAAGACUGGUGGAUACAUUGAAGGGGACAUUAGGAUCUCAGGUUACCAAAAGGAACAGAGUACUUUUGCAAGAAUUUCUGGAUACGUUGAACAAAAUGAUAUACAUUCCCCUCAAGUAACAGUUUUGGAGUCUCUCUUGUUUUCUUCUUGCCUUCGCCUUCCCAAGGAUGUGAACAAAGAAAAAAGAAAUGAAUUCGUAGAAGAAGUGAUGAAAUUGGUGGAGCUUGAAACUCUGAGGUAUGCUUUGGUGGGUUUGCCUGGUAGCACAGGCUUAUCUACAGAGCAAAGAAAACGAUUAACAAUUGCAGUCGAGCUUGUGGCAAAUCCUUCCAUAAUUUUUAUGGAUGAACCUACAUCUGGACUUGAUGCAAGAGCUGCAGCCAUUGUAAUGCGAACUGUUCGUAAUACUGUUGACACUGGAAGAACUGUGGUUUGCACCAUACAUCAACCAAGCAUUGAUAUAUUUGAAGCAUUUGAUGAGCUACUUCUUAUGAAACGAGGGGGGCGGGUAAUCUAUGGUGGCAAGCUUGGUGAGAAGUCACAAACUAUGACAAAUUAUUUUCAGGGGAUUGAUGGAGUCCCUCCCAUUUCCAGUGGCUACAAUCCAGCAACCUGGAUGCUUGAGAUCAGUACACCUGCUGCUGAAGAGAGAAUUGGUCAGGACUUUGCAGAGAUAUACCAAUGUUCUCAACAGUUUAGGGGGGUUGAAGCUUCAAUUGAUAGUAUGAGCAUUCCACCUCCUAACUCAGAACCUUUAAAAUUUGAUUCCGCAUUUUCUCAAGAUACAUUUUCCCAAUUUAGAUAUUGCCUCUGGAAGCAAAACCUUGUAUAUUGGAGAAGUCCAUCUUACAAUGUCGUGAGAAUAUUCUUUACUACAUUGAGUGGACUGAUACUUGGCUCAGUAUUUUGGGGCAUGGGUUCUAAAAGGGACUCAACUCAGAACUUAUAUGUUGUCCUGGGAGCUCUUUAUGCUUCAUGCUUGUUUGUUGGAGUCAGUAAUGCUUCCUCAGUACAACCAAUAGUUUCAAUUGAGAGAACUGUAUUCUACAGAGAGAGAGCAGCUGGAAUGUACUCUGCAUUUCCUUAUGCUGCUGCCCAGGGCCUAGUGGAGAUACCUUACAUUGCUGUGCAGACAAUACUAUUUGCUAUAAUUACAUAUUUCAUGGUAGACUUUGAAAGGACAGUUGGAAAAUUCUUCCUCUAUCUGUUGUUCAUGUUUCUCACUUUUACCUACUUUACCUGCUACGGCAUGAUGGCUGUUGGUCUUACACCUUCUCAACACUUGGCUGCUGUCAUUUCUUCUGCAUUUUAUUCACUAUGGAAUCUCCUCUCAGGUUUUCUUAUCCCGAAACCAAAUAUCCCAGAUUGGUGGGUCUGGUUCUACUACAUUAGCCCAAUUUCAUGGACCCUCCGGGGUGUGAUUACCUCUCAGCUUGGGGAUGUAGAAACCGUGAUUAUAGGACCUGGGUUUAAGGGCACCGUGAAAGAGUAUCUGGAGGUUAGUUUUGGCUAUGGUCCUGGGAUGAUUGGCAUUUCAGCAGCAGUGCUUGUUGGCUUUAGUGCCAUCUUCUUUAGUGUCUUUGCUCUCUCUGUGAAAAUACUCAACUUCCAGAAAAGAUAAAUGGAAGUUCAGAGAUCUCAGAUGCGAUUCGCACUGAACAACAGUGAUGGCAAGAUCUAAAAUUGUUUUCAGUGAGAGAUGAAGGAUCUUAAGGCCCAAUCUCAACAUCAACUUUUUUGACCUCAACAGAUUGGUAAAUGGUGGGGCCUCAUGUGCCUUCAACGGUACACUUCCUUAUCCUAUUCACUGGAAAUUAAGCUUGAUACAUUUGUAUUUUCCAUCUUACAAGUGUCUUUUUUUAGAAGAAUUUGUCAUAAAAAAAAUUAGCACUAUAGUAAUCAUGUAAAAAGUUUUAAUAGUUUGUCGCUGGAUUAAACAAUUUUUUACGAGUUGCAUAUUUUAGCAAUUUCAAUAGACAACUAACCUCAGAAUUUUUUAUUAAGCCUGAAUCACAAUGUCCUU